AUGUCGUCGUCGUGUGGCCCUGUAUGGCGGCGGCGGUGGUGUCGUCAUCGUGUGGCCCUGUAUGGCGGCGGCGGUGUCGUCAUCGUGUGGCCCUGUAUGGCGGCGGCGGUGUCGUCGUCGUGUGGCCCUGUAUGGCGGUGGUGUCGUCAUCGUGUGGCCCUGUAUGGCGGCGGCGGUGUCGUCAUCGUGUGGCCCUGUAUGGCGGCGGCGGUGUCGUCGUCGUGUGGCCCUGUAUGGCGGCGGCGGUGUCGUCGUCGCGUGGCCCUGUAUGGCGGCGGUGUCGUCGCGUGGCCCUGUAUGGCGGCGGUGUCGUCGCGUGGCCCUGUAUGGCGGCGGUGUCGUCGCGUGGCCCUGUAUGGCGGCGGCGGUGUCGUCGUGUGGCCCUGUAUGGCGGCGGCGGCGGUGUCGUCGUGUGGCCCUGUAUGGCGGCGGCGGCGGUGUCGUGGUGUGGCCCUGUAUGGCGGCGCCGGUGUCGUCGUGUGGCCCUGUAUGGCGGCGGGGUCGUCGUCGUGUGGCCCUGUAUGGCGGCGGCGUCGUCGUCGUGUGGCCCUGUAUGGCGGCGGCGGUGGUGUCGUCGUGUGGCCCUGUAUGGCGGCGGCGGCGGUGUCGUCGUGUGGCCCUGUAUGGCGGCGGCGGUGUCGUCGUGUGGCCCUGUAUGGCGGCGUCGUCGUCGUCGUCGUGUGGCCCUGUAUGGCGGCGGCUGUGUCGUCGUGUGGCCCUGUAUGGCGGCGGCGGUGUCGUCGUGUGGCCCUGUGCGGCGGCGGUGUCGUCGUGUGGCCCUGUGCGGCGGCGGUGUCGUCGUGUGGCCCUGUGCGGCGGCGGUGUCGUCGUGUGGCUCUGUAUGGCGGCGGCUGUGUCGUCGUGUGGCCCUGUAUGGCGGCGGCGGUGUCGUCGUGUGGCCCUGUAUGGCGGCGGCGGUGUCGUCGUCGUCGUGUGGCCCUGUAUGGCGGCGGCUGUGUCGUCGUGUGGCCCUGUAUGGCGGCGGCUGUGUCGUCGUGUGGCCCUGUAUGGCGGCGGCUGUGUCGUCGUGUGGCCCUGUAUGGCGGCGGUGUCGUCGUGUGGCCCUGUAUGGCGGCGGCUGUGUCGUCGUGUGGCCCUGUAUGGCGGCGGCUGUGUCGUCGUGUGGCCCUGUAUGGCGGCGGCUGUGUCGUCGUGUGGCCCUGUAUGGCGGCGGCUGUGUCGUCGUGUGGCCCUGUAUGGCGGCGUCGUCGUCGUCGUGUGGCCCUGUAUGGCGGCGGCUGUGUCGUCGUGUGGCCCUGUAUGGCGGCGGCGGUGUCGUCGUGUGGCCCUGUAUGGCGGCGGCGGUGUCGUGGUGUGGCCCUGUAUGGCGGCGGCGGUGUCGUCGUCGUGGUGUGGCCCUGUAUGGCGGCGGCGGUGUCGUCGUCGUGGUUUGGCCCUGUAUGGCGGCGGCGUGUGGCCCUGUAUGGCGGCCGUGUUGUGUGGCCCUGUAUGGCGGCGGCGUGUGGCCCUGUCUGGCAGUAUGAUCAGGCAGUGUCAGUCGUGGAGCAUGUAAUUGGCUGCGGUUCUAAUAAUCCGGCACGUUGUCCCCCUGAUGCCGGACUAUGUCUGGACCGUGUGCGGCCCUUUAAUGCCAGAGAAAUCUCCCAUGAUGCCAAGUGUGUUAUCCAGAUGCAGGGGAACAGCACAUGUAUUUCAAACCCAAAACAGCCCAAAGAUGCCCCAAAGAGCUUCACCUUCGACUAUUCGUACUGGUCACACACUAUGGAAGAAGACCCCAACUUUGCGUCUCAGCGUCAGGUGUACAAGGACAUCGGGGAGGAGAUGCUCUUACACGCCUUCGAGGGAUAUAACGUCUGUAUAUUCGCCUACGGACAGACGGGAGCCGGGAAAUCCUAUACAAUGAUGGGGAAACCGGAGAGCACACAGCAUGGGAUUAUACCGCAGUUAUGUGAAGAUUUAUUUGCCAGAAUAUCUGAGAAUAAAAGUGUACAGCUGUCCUACUCCGUGGAGGUCAGCUACAUGGAGAUUUACUGUGAGCGUGUCCGCGAUCUGCUCUGCCCUAAAAGUAAAGGUAACCUGAGGGUGCGGGAGCACCCCAUCCUGGGACCGUAUGUGGAGGAUCUGUCCAAACUAGCCGUCACCUCCUACAAUGACAUCGCCGACCUCAUGGACUGUGGGAACAAGGCCCGCACGGUCGCUGCCACCAACAUGAACGAGACGAGCAGCCGCUCACAUGCUGUCUUUACCAUAGUCUUCACUCAGAAGAGACACGAUGAGAUGACCAACCUAGACACGGAGAAGGUCAGUAAGAUCAGUCUGGUGGAUCUAGCAGGAAGUGAGAGAGCAGACUCCUCCGGUGCCAAAGGAACCCGCCUGAAGGAAGGCGCAAACAUCAAUAAGUCGCUGACUACCCUGGGGAAGGUCAUCUCUGCUCUGGCUGAAAUGCAAUCAAAGAAGAAGAAAUCAGAUUUUAUUCCUUACCGGGACUCUGCCCUGACCUGGCUGCUGAAGGAGAAUCUAGGUGGGAACUCUCGUACAGCGAUGAUCGCAGCGCUCAGCCCGGCUGACAUAAACUACGAGGAGACAUUGAGUACUCUCCGAUACGCCGACCGCGCCAAGCAGAUAAAAUGUAACGCCAUCAUAAAUGAAGAUCCAAACGCCAGGUUAAUCAGAGAACUGAAGGAGGAGGUGGCCCGCCUGCGGCAGCUGCUGUAUACUCAGGGUCUGGCGGAUCUUGCCUUCGAGGACUGUGUCACUGUACCCAAUACCCCCCUACAAUUCUCUGCUCCUCUCCCAUCACAACCAUGUGAGCCGGGCUCCCCUCCCGCCCCUCCUCCCCUCUCACCCCCCACAAUGAACGGUCAGCCUGAGCCCUUUGAUGAGGCUGAGGAUGAAGUCCCCAUCUGUACGGAGGAGGCGAUGGAAAGGCUGCAGGAGACCGAGAAGAUCAUCGCUGAGCUGAACGAGACCUGGGAGGAAAAGCUGCGCAGGACUGAGGCUAUACGUAUGGAGAGGGAGUCGCUGUUGGCUGAAAUGGGCGUCGCUUUAAGAGAAGAUGGGGGCACCGUGGGGGUCUUCUCUCCAAAAAAUAUCCCGCACCUGGUCAAUCUGAAUGAAGACCCCCUCAUGUCGGAGUGUCUCCUGUACCAUAUAAAGGAGGGCGUCACACGGGUCGGUCAGGUGGACGUGGACAUCAAGCUGACCGGUCAGUUCAUCAAGGAGCAGCACUGCCUCUUCCACUGCAACACCAAGGACAAUGGAGAAGUGGUUGUCACAUUAGAAUCAUGUGAAGGUGCGGAGACGUACGUGAACGGGAAGCAAGUGACCGAGCUCCUGGUGCUGAAGUCAGGUAACCGAAUUGUGAUGGGCAAGAACCACGUCUUCCGUUUCAACCACCCGGAGCAGGCGCGGCUGGAGAGAGAGAAGAACACCACGGCAAUGGAGAGUCAGCCCGAACCUGUGGACUGGAACUUUGCCCAGCGAGAGCUUUUUGAGAAGCAGGGCAUAGAUAUCAAGCUGGAGAUGGAGAAGCGGCUGCAGGAUCUGGAGUUCCAGUAUAAGAGAGAGAAGGAAGAAGCGGAUCUGACUUUGGAGCAACAGAGACUGUACGGGGAUUCGGACAGCGGGGAUGACUCGGACAAGCGCUCUUGUGAAGAAAGCUGGCGCCUCAUCUCUUCCCUGCGGGAGAAGGUGCCGCCGGGCCGCGUGCAGAGCAUCGUGCGCCGUUGUGGCCUCCCGAGCAGCGGCAAAAGACGCGAACCUAUAAAAGUUUACCAAAUCCCCCAGCGCCGCCGGCUGGGGAAGGACCCGCGAUGGCUGACGCUAGCGGAUCUGAAGAUGCAGGCGGUGAAGGAAAUCUGCUACGAGGUGGCGCUGAACGACUUCAAGCACAGCAGACAGGAGAUCGAGGCCAUGUCUGUCAUCAAGAUGAAGGAGCUGUGCCGCACCUAUGGCAAGAGGGACGCCAACGAGAAGGAGUGGUGGAAGGCCGUGGCACGUGACGUGUGGGACACUGUGGGGGUGGGUGAGGAGGAUGAUGGGAGCAAAGGGGGAGUCCAGGACCUGAAGGCGCACAUAGACAAGCUGACCGACAUCCUGCAGGAGGUGAAGCUGCAGAACAACAUGAAGGACGAAGAGAUCCGGGCGUUACGGGACAGGAUGGUGAAGAUGGAGCGCGUGAUGCCCGUCACACAGGAUGACGCCCCCGAUGAUGACCCCGAUGAUCAGUCUUUCUCCUGGUGCUCCAAUGAUGACGACGCGGUGAAUAGUGGACAAGUUGAAGUUUCUCCUGACCGUUCUCCGAAGGGUCAGCAGGUGGUGCAGAUGGAGGACGACACUACGUUUCGGCGGGGGAGGAUGCGUUGGCUAAAACAAGAACAAACCCGUAUUCAGAACCUGCAGCAGCAGCAGCAGAUGAACCGCCGUCUCCCCGGCACCGGAAAGUUCAUCCCACCACUAGACUGUAAGCUGCGCUUCCCCUUUAAGAGCAAUCCCCAACAUCGGUUUUCCUGGGCUCCGGGGGCCACGUAUGUGGUAGAAGAGGUGUCAAAUCCAUGGUCAGAAGACAGGAGGAGCGGUGGGGAGGAAGAUGGUGAAAGGCGGAAUAGUCGGCGGAGGUCGGUGGAAGGUGAGAACCAUCAGAGGCAGAGGAGAAACUCUCUGGACGGCGCCCCCAACAGAGGCCGGCGCCCCAACAAUCGUCACAACCGCCAAAACGGCGAAAACCUCCAGCAGCCUCGGAGGAGAUCGCAAGGUAGAGAAGGUGAUGCGGGGUCCCAGGGGUCGAAACGGCACCCCUCCUCCCCGCAGGAGCGUCCAUACAAGUACCACCCCUACACUGCGCCCCCGCGCAUGCGCCGUCAGAACUCUGCCCCUGACCUGUGUGACAGGGAGACCCCAGUAUGAAGAAGAAGGGUAUUGAGCAUGUCGAAGCGAGGAACGAGGAGCAGGCGGGAUGCUGACAAGAGAAGGAACGGGAAUGUGUAACCUGCCGCGCAGGCGCACCACUGACUUAUAUCCUGAUGUGUUCUAUUUUAUCUUUUUUUUUUGUUUUUAUUUCUGAUAUUUUUAUUGUUUUUAAGAAGGAGAUCGCUGCUAUGAGGGGUGAACACUAUGGGACCGUCCUGCCCUCCCCCUAAUCCUUACAAUCACUGUCAGCGGCAGGACGCCCCCCACUGAUUAUACUGUGUGUGUACAUGUGUCUAUAGGUGACUGGUGGUAUAUGUAUAUAGAAGUGGAUGUAUAUGUAUACACGAGGGGGUGUAUAUAUAUAUCUCUGUACAUCGGCUUGCACUGUUAUAUGACUGAAAUGAAGUUUUCCCGGACGCUUGUUCGUGGAGCGUAGUCGUAGUCAGGAGGCAUCGGGGGAGGGUCACCUCUGCUUUGAUCCUGUAUCGAAUCCUGCAGUAUACGGGAAGCUGAAGACGUAACACUAAUGAAGUUCUCAUACCCCCCCGACCCCUGUCCCAUAUAUAUAUUUUCCCCAGAAUUCCAUGCUUCCAUGUUUUUUGGCACUGACUUGCACUGCCCGCUCUGUGACCUUAUUUAUCUCGUGUGUGUUGGGAGGCGAGGAAUGUGUGGGCGACACUGCGGGGUGACACUACGCUGCGGCAACCUGUAGUUUAUAUAGACGGACUGUAUCCUGAGAAAUAAAACUGCCCCACGCUGCACCUUGUCUCCAGAUUACU